AACUGCUUCACACUCAGACCUGGUGGCUUUCGACAUUUUUGAUCCAUAGAAAUGGCUUCUUCUUCUUCGUCUCCGUCUCCUACGGCAGCGAUGAAGGAAGGAGAGUACGCAAACUGGGCGGAGCUUCCGCCGGAGCUGACGUCAUCGAUUCUCCACCGGCUCGGCGCGAUCGAGAUAGUGGAAAACGCACAGAAAGUGUGCAGAUCGUGGCGUCGCGUCUGUAAAGACCCCUCGAUGUGGCGCAAAAUCGACAUGCACAACCUCGGAGACUGUGAAGACAUGUACUACGAGAAAUUGUGCCGUCACGCAGUUGAUCUUAGCCGUGGCGAGUUGGUUGAGAUCAACCUCUGCCACUUCGCUACUGAUUCUCUCCUCAAUUACAUCGCCGAUAGUUCAAGUAACCUGAGAAGCCUUAAAGUUGCAAUGUGCUAUGAAAUAACAAGCGAGGGACUUAUGGAAGCAGUUUCGAAACUUCAUUUUCUUGAAGUUCUCGAGGUUUCGUACUGCUCGGGAUCAGGAGAGUCUCUUAAAGUUGUAGGCCAGUCUUGUCCAAAUCUGAAGACUCUGAAGAAAAACUGCGUGGGUUACAAACGUCCUCGAGACGAAUGUGAUGAUGUUGCUCUAGCAAUCGCUGAAACAAUGCCUGGACUUUGCCACCUUCAGCUUUUCGGGGACAGGUUAACAGAUGUUGGGUUAAACGCCAUUCUUGACGGUUGUCCUAACCUGGUACAUCUUGAUCUGCGCCAGUGUUUCAACGUUAACCUUGUUGGGGAUCUGGAGAAGCGGUGUCUCGAGAGGAUUAAAGUUGUGAGAUGUCCUAAUGACACGGUUCAUGAUUACCCAUUCGAUGCAACAGUUAAUGACGUGUGUUCAUCCGACGAUGAAGACCUUUAUGGUUUAUCUGAUGUUGAUAUAAUGUCAGAAGAUGAGUUUUACUAUGAUGACCUCUCAGAUGCCAGUGACAAUUCUGACUUUGACCCGUACUAUUAUUAUUAGCAUGAUCUGUGUUUCUAAACCGUUUUCAAACUCGUUAAUGACUCUCCUUUAAGCAUAUGCUUUACUUUCGUUGGACUUCAUGUGUGUGUCCUUGUGUAAUGUGUGUGUGUGUGACCUUUAGCUGUAUUUUCUAUAUGCCUUUUUCUUUCUGGAAGGUCAAAAUGAUGUGAUUAGUUUCAUC